AUGGUCACAGUUACAAAUGGCUCCUUUUCUAUUUCCAAACCUAUGACUAGUCGAAAAAACGUUUACGCUGCCUUGUGGUUCUCCAUGGCUGCUUCUUCCCUUAUCUCCAACAUUUCACUCUCUUUUAACUUUUCAUACACACUCAUAGUCUUCAAACCCCAAAACCUCAAGCCCCAAUUUUCCAUUGCUUCUGCUCUCUCACAUUGUCAUCCUCCCCUGUCUUCUGUUUCCUUCCAAGACACUAAAAAACCCCUUCAACUUGAAACCCUCCAAAAACCAGAGCCAAAGGCCUCAAGCUCAAACCUAUCAGCGAGGCUCUUUGUGGGAAACUUGCCUUAUACGUUGCCCUCUUCUCUGUUGGCUCAACGCUUUGGAGAGGCUGGCAAUGUUGUAUCCGUUGAGAUUGUGUAUGAUGACAUUAUGGAUAGAAGUAGAGGAUUUGCGUUUGUUACAAUGGGGAGCGUGGAGGAAGCUGGAUGUGCAAUUCGAAUGUUUGAUGGCUCUAUGCUGAAGAUGGAGGCUGAACAGAAUUCAUCUGAUGGUAAUGGCUGUGAUGAUGGACAGGAAAUUGGAGGUAGGAUUAUUAAGGUAAACAUCGCAGAAAUACCCAAAAGAGGCAAACGGCAAGUAAUGGGUUCAAGCUAUAAAGGCUUUGUAGACAGCCCUCACAAGAUUUAUGCUGGAAACCUUGGUUGGGGUCUGACUUCACAGUGUCUUAGAGAUGCCUUUGCUGAGCAACCAGGCUUCCUGAGUGCCAAAGUAAUCUAUGAAAGGAACAGUGGAAAAUCUCAGGGAUAUGGGUUUGUCACUUUUAAAACUGCUGAGGAUGUAGAGGCUGCUUUGAAUUCCAUGAAUGGUGUGGAAGUUCAUGGCCGGCCCUUACGACUGAAUAUAGCUGCAGAUAAGGAGACUUUUUCUCAUCCCAUAAUUCAUCAAAAUGCAAGAAGUAAUUUUGAUAGCAUGGAACUGGUGUUUAAGAUCAGCAAACAAGUCUUUGAUGAGAAUCUUGGAAGGUUGCUCUUGAAUGAGAACCGACUAUCUCAAGCUCCAAUGAAAGAAUCUAUGGCCAAUGGCUUGCACGUGCUUGGUGUUCUUUGUGGGGUUGUGUUUGGUGUGGGAGUUUUGACAAUAAUGGGGGUGGUUCAAGGUGGCUUUGAUGGUGUUUGGUUGGUGUAUGGAAGGUCAAACUAUGGUGGUGAUGCACAACUCAGGAGAAGAAAAAAGGCAAAGAAAAAAUGA